AUGGAUAGUUCCAGUAGCAAACACCAAUUGUGGAAAGAUCACAAAGAAGAGGCCAUUUCCAAAUGCAUUCCUUCCCUUUCCGACCAAUCACACAAGGGCAGUUCAGGACGAGUAGGAGUCUUGGGUGGAUCCGCUAGAUUCACGGGUGCUCCUUACUAUGCAGCCAUGGCAUCCUUGCAUGUGGGAUCGGAUUUGAGUUUCGUAUUUUGUGCCGAAGAAGCAGCCAUUCCAAUCAAAACCUACUCGCCCGAACUCAUGGUGGCCAGUGUGUAUUCUGCAAAAGAGUUUGACGAGUUGGCAACAAACCCUGAUAAAGAUGCUGAAGGUCCUGUGAACCAAAUGGUACAGGAAGUCACUUCGUUGAUGGAAAAAAUGCACUGCUUGGUGAUUGGACCUGGACUGGGACGUUGUCCAAUAGUACUUCAAGCGACGGCCAAGAUCAUACAAGAGGCUCAAGCGAGAAAGCUCCCACUAGUGUUGGAUGCAGAUGCACUCUUUCUCUUGACACAGGAACCCUACCAUGACCUGUUGCAAUCGACAAGUCCAGUCAUUUUGACUCCAAAUACCAUGGAACGAAAGCGGUUACAGGGACUCGAAGAAAGUCUCCAACACUGCAUUGUGGUGGAGAAGGGGCAAUACGAUGAUGUUCGAUACCAAGACUCAACCUUGAGCUGUGGAGAGGUUGGGGGCACGAAGCGAUCGGGUGGACUCGGAGAUAUUUUAGCAGGUACUUUGGGAACCCUCACUGCCUGGAAUUCAAUACUGACCAGCCAAGGGGUGUCCUCCGAAAUGGAUUUGCAACUCGCUUGUUGGACUGCAUGUUGCUUUGUGAAACGAGCCACCAACCAUGCCUUUGCACAAAAGAGACGGAGUAUGACGGCGCCUGAUGUACUGUCACAAUUGGGUGGUGCCGUCGACGAAAUGACCACUCCGUCCUCCAAGAUAUAG